UUUAGGAAUUUUAAUAAUGGCAACCUUGACUGCAUCGCAGGCUACUUAUUUUUCUGACGGAUCUUCUACAAAUCCAGAUGUUGGCUUUCAGCGACCUAAAAAGCGCUCACGUAUAAAUGGACUUAGUGAACGCCCGCUUAAACGAAUAACUAGAUCUCAACUGACGAAACAACACACUACUGCCGAAAAAGUGCCUUCUGAAAAAUCCACUACGUCCGUCCAUUCGUCACAACAAGGCGGUACUCAUCAGACCGGUCCUAAACGUGGAGCGCCUCGGGGCAAACCGAAACCUACUUCAACUAGAUUUAAGCCAAAAGCUAAAACUACAAAAGGUUCGAAGAAGCCCAAUAUUUUAAAAAACAACAAUAAAUCAAGCUACCAUAGAUGCCUUGAAUGUUCUUAUGUAGUUAAAUCAUUCAAAGUUCAUUUUGGUUUAACAAAACGGCGUCCUUGGUUUACUUGUAAUCAAUGUAAAUUCAAGACAAAAUGUAAAUGGUUAUCUGAUCGACAUAAUUUGCUUUCUUCUUACAAUGUCACAAAUGUUGUUAGACGUCCAUUUGGAAGACUUCAAAAACCUUCAUCUUCAACUAAAUUACUUCAUUGCUCUUCUUGUAAAGUAUUCAGCUCAAUCUCUUUUCAAGAAUUACUUGAACAUUUAUCAAUGUGCAAAGGAUCUCAAAUGUUUACGACUAAAUCAGAAACUGAAAUUACUAAAGAAGAAUUGGAUGAAGUAGAACUUUUUGGUUCAAUUAGUUUAUCUGGAGAAAAUAUUAAAUUGAAAAAUGAUCUUGAAACUGUUGAAGGGCAGAAAGAAGGAAAUUCAGAAACAAAGGAUGAAAUUAAAGAAUAUUUUUCUCACUUUCUUCCUUUAUCUCGUCUCAAUAACAUUAAUCCAAUAAUGGUCAAGCAUUUUUAUGAAAAUGAAAAUAAAAAUGAUGAGGGGAAUGGUGACGAUAAAUUAAAGAAAAUUAAGUUGGCUUUAAUUGGCGAAGAAAAAAUGAAAAAGCUUUAUUGAUAUAAAAAAUAUACUUUUAAAUUAUAUAAAUAUACAAAUACCGAUUUUACUUUAAACGAUUUUUUGCUUUUAAAUACUUAUCAAACAAAAACGGGAUAAAUAAAUAUUUUUAGUUUUUCUUUUAUUUUUAAAACUUGAGAAUUUAAAAAAAUAUAUUUAACUUAAAUAUAAACAGAAAAUGAAAUUGUUUUCUUCAAGACUUACACCUUCUAGCAGGGGUGUGCGAGUUUCGCCUUUUUUGGACUUUCGCCUUUCGCUUUUUAAAAUCACUUUCGGCACACCCCUGCCUUCUAACAUUUUAAAUUUAAUUUUAAGCCUAGCACAAUUAAUUAUAAAACUCAUUUUUAAGUCUCUUGUCAUCAAAACUUCAAUUUUCUUUUGUGAAUAUUUUAAAUAAGAUCCCUCAAUACUGUUUUUAUGUUUGUAUUUUUAUUUCAUUUCAAACAGGCUUUUUAUUCUCACAUAAAAAUCUUUUCAUUUUUAUUUCCUUGAUCAUUUUAUUAUUCUACCUCCAUUGAAAAUUCCCUGCUUAUAUCCUCAAUCCCUUUAUUUAUUCAAGCUAUUGCCUACGAGCGAAGAAUUGACCGUCAAUAUAUUCCUAAAUUUCUUUUCGUUUGAUUUAAUUGUCGAUAUACAUACAUAGAAUUACAUUAUUAUUUUUAUUAAAUUUUGGAAAUUUUUAAUUAGUAACUUUCCAAAAGCCAAAUUAUUCGAGGAUUACGCUUUAAAUAUUAUAAUUUUUGCGUAUUUGUGUGGUUAUUUUGGUCCUUUGUCUGUCUAAUAUAGACACCUGAUUGUCCAAAGUUUUUGUAUACCUUUUUUUAACUUUUGUUUCUAGCUCUUAAGGAUAUAUGUAUGUAAGACUAAAUAGGUAAAAUUAACCGGUUGUUGGGUGAUAUAUUUCUAAUUAAAAUGUUUGCAUGCUGAGAUUUCUAAAGAAAAUUUUUAUUCACGAUUAAAAUCUACAUAUUCUAAACAUUGUCAACGAUUAAAAUUUUCGCAACAAGGAACGUGUUGUGGCCGUAUUGCCUAUUGUUCUGGCUUUGUGUGGUUUGAUUUAUGUGAUUACUGGUUUGGCUUUGUCGCACUUUUGCGCAACAUCGCGUAAUAUCCAUCUGCAUUAUAACUGUCCUAUGGAUUUUUGAUUUAUUUAUUUUGUUUAUAUUUCUUGACAU